AUGUCAUCGAAUAUUUUAGAACAGUCAUUAGACGAUAUAAUUGGUGAAAAACAACAACACCAACAUCAAAGGAAAUUUAUUCCUAGUCGUAGAAGAGGAAAUCCAAAUUUCCGUCGUGGUGGUGCAUCCAGUAGAGGUAAUCGUCAUCAUCCUUAUCGAUCAAAUCCUUCAAAUAGAAGAGACACUGAUUCAUAUAUUCCUAGACCUAGCUCUUUUUCAUCAUCAUCAUCAGUACCAAAACAAGUAUUAAUAUUAGCUAAUGGUCGCCCAACAUUACGGAUUAAAAACAUUCAUCCUGAAUUAAAUGGUGAAGAUUUAUCAAAUUUAUUUUCAAGUAUAUCACCAGUUGAUUUUGUUAAAUUUGAUGAUGAUAAUGAUACUAUUGCAUAUAUUUGUUUCCAAAAUGAUUGUGAAAGAAGUAAUCUGGAAGCAAUUGAAAAAUUUGAUGGGAAAAAAGCUAUGGGUAAAUUACUUGUUGUUGAAAAUACCACCAGUUUAUUAGAUAGAAUUGAUACUCGAAAUUUGAAUAAUAGAAUAAAAAUUGGAUCGUCGUUGUCUAAUAGUUCUUAUUCUCAUCCUAGAGGAAUUAGUUCAGGUAGACGUCCUCCAAGAGAAAGAAAAAUUGGUGGUAGGUCUGCUAGACCCGCUAAAAAGACAGCAGAAGAUUUAGAUAAAGAAUUGGAAAAUUAUAUGCAUGAAACAACAACAACAACAGAACCAUCACUGGAACAUACCACUGAACAAGUUGUUACAUCCACAAAUGAUGAAAUGACUCUUGAUUAA